GAUAUAACCCACAGCAUGCCGCCGAAGAAGCAACAGAAGGCCCCCGCGCGCCCUGCGGCGCCGACCAAGGGCGAGAUCAAGAUUGUGGACGGCAAGCGCAAGUUCACGCCGCGCCCGCCGCUGCCUGCCGCCCAGCGGCUUCCGCGCCUGUACCGCGCCCUCACGGACCAAGUCAACGACGGCUUCUUCGACAACGCGAAGAAGACGUGCAAGCGGAUCCUCGCGCUCGACCCCGCGUCCACCUCGGCCUUCCAGACCCUCCUCUUCCUACACCUCCACACGGACGACUACGCGGCCGCGCUCGACCUGGUCGAGCACCCGCCGUCGCCGGCCGACCUGCGCUUCGAGCGCGCAUACUGCCUCUACCGUCUGCACCGGGAGCGCGACGCGCUCGCGCAGCUGCAGGACAUCGAGACGCGUACCCGCCGCGAAGAGCAUCUCGAGGCGCAGGUGCGCUACCGCCUCGGCGAGUUCGAGGCCGCCCAGGCGCUCUACGACGCCCUCCUCCCCAGCGCCGCCGCCGAGGCCGACGACAUCCGCACCAACCAGGCGGCCGCGCGCACCCAGCUCGCGUUCAUUACGCGCGAGUACGCGACACACCUGCCGGCCGGCGAGGCGGGCGUGCCCUCCGUGCCGAGUGCACGCGUCUCCGCGCCCGCUGCGGCUGCGUCGGCGUCGGCGUCGAUGGCCGCUGCGGCGAGCGCUAAGCCGAAGAAGAGGCGCCACAGGCUGCCCAAGGGUGCCGAGGAGGGGAAGCCGUACACGGAGGACGCCGAGCGGUGGCUGCCCAUGCGCCAGCGCGCGUCGUACGUCCCCCCUGGGGGGAAGAAGAAGAAGGAGGUGACGGGCCUUGGGACGCAGGGCGCGACAGGCGGCGGCGGGGGUGGUGGUGGGCAGAGCAAGAAGAAGGGCAAGAAGAAGUAGGACAGGGGCCGAUGCCUA